AUGGCAGAAUAUAAACAACCGGUGGGCCUCCUUUUCGAUAUUGGCGGCGUGUGUGUCGUAUCGCCGUUCCAGGCUAUCCUUGAUUAUGAGGUGUCUCAGAAUAUUUCCCCGGGCUGGGUGAAUUUCAGCAUCUCCAGGACAAAACCCAACGGCAGCUGGCAUAAGCUCGAACGAGGCGAGAUCCCAAUGGAUGCCGAUUUCUUUGCUGGCUUCAACAGGGAUCUACGCAAUCCAAUUCUAUGGAAACAGUUCCACGAGCAACAACGGAAGAAGAAGGGCCUCACUGGUGACGCCCCGAUCCCCCAACUUCCGACAGUGGACGCGAAGUGGCUCUUCUGGGAGAUGAUGAGGGUAUCUCGCACGCCCGACCCAUACAUGUACCCGGCUUUAAAGAAGUUGAGAGCGUCGGGCAAGUAUCUCAUCGGCGCUCUGUCGAAUACUGUUAAGUUCCCUGAGGGGCAUCCAUACAACAAUGAUGCAUCCGGGGUCAGGUCGCAGUUCGAUUUCUUUAUCUCGUCUGCGCACACGGGGCUGCGCAAACCCGACCCGAAGAUUUACGAAGUUGCUAUCCAAGAAAUGAAUGCUCUGGCUAAACAACGUGGACUAGCGACAGUCCAGCCUUCGGAUAUCGUCUUCUUUGACGAUAUCGGAGAAAACUUGAAGGCAGGAAAGACAGCUGGCUUGCGCACCGUUAAGGUCACCCUCGGAAAGACUCAAGAUGCAGUCAAAGAGCUGGAGAAGAUCACUGGACUCGAGUUGCUGGAGAGUGAGGACAAGGCACGACUCUAA